AUGCAGUCCUCUCCAAACAUGCUCACCAAGUUUGAGUCAAAAUCUUCCAGAGCCAAAGGAAUCGCAUUCCAUCCGAAACGGCCAUGGAUUCUCGUUUCUCUUCACUCUUCUACCAUUCAGCUUUGGGACUACCGCAUGGGAACACUCAUUGACCGCUUCGAAGAACACGAUGGUCCUGUCCGCGGAAUUGACUUCCACCCUACCCAACCCCUGUUUGUCUCCGGAGGUGAUGACUACAAGAUCAAGGUCUGGAACUACCAGACUCGGAGGUGCUUGUUUACACUGAAUGGACACUUGGAUUAUGUGCGCACGGUAUUCUUCCACCCAGAGCUCCCCUGGAUUCUGUCUGCGUCCGAUGACCAGACCAUUCGGAUCUGGAACUGGCAGAACCGAUCGUUGAUCUGUACCAUGACCGGUCACAAUCACUAUGUCAUGUGCGCUCAGUUCCACCCUACUGAGGACCUCAUCGCCUCUGCCUCUCUCGACCAGUCUGUGCGUAUCUGGGAUAUCUCCGGUCUGCGAAAGAAACACUCCGCACCGACCUCGAUUUCCUUCGAAGAUCAGAUGGCCCGAGCCAAUCCCAACCAGGCUGAUAUGUUUGGCAACACCGACGCCAUUGUAAAGUUUGUUUUGGAAGGUCAUGACCGUGGUGUCAACUGGGUGUCGUUCCACCCCACAUUGCCAUUGAUUGUGUCGGCGGGUGAUGACCGACUUGUCAAGCUCUGGCGGAUGAGCGAUACCAAGGCCUGGGAAGUUGAUACUUGCCGUGGCCAUUUCCAGAACGCAUCAGGAUGUUUAUUCCACCCACACCAAGACCUCAUUCUUUCCGUCGGUGAAGACAAGACAAUCCGUGUCUGGGAUCUCAACAAACGGACUUCCGUGCAGUCUUUCAAGCGUGACCAAGACCGAUUCUGGGUUAUCGCUGCCCACCCCAAGAUGAAUUUGUUUGCUGCGGGACAUGAUACCGGUGUCAUGGUCUUUAAAUUGGAACGGGAGCGACCUGCAUCAGCUGUACACAUGAACCAGCUUUUCUAUAUCACAAAGGAGAAACACGUCAAGUCAUAUGACUUCUCGAAGAAUAUUGAUUCUCCUCCUAUGCUCUCUCUGCGCAAGCUGGGCUCUCCAUGGGUCCCUCCUCGCACUGUUUCUUACAACCCUGCCGAACGCGCUAUUCUUGUCACAUCUCCGGCUGAUGAAGGAACUUACGAAUUGAUCCACCUGCCUCGUGACGCUACUGGGGCGGUCGAGCCCACUGAUGUCAAGCGUGGCCGAGCUACAUCUGCGGUCUUUGUUGCCCGUAACCGCUUCGCGGUCUUCAACCCCUCAAGCUCGCAAGUCGAUAUCAAGGAUCUUAGCAACUCCACAACCAAGACAAUUACUCAUCCGGUCGGUACAACAGACAUCUACUUCGGUGGCACUGGCUGCCUCCUGUUUAUCACUCCCACCACCGUUGUCCUCUUCGACAUUCAACAAAAGAAACAGUUGGCGGAGGUCGCUGUCAGCGGUGUGAAGUAUGUGGUGUGGUCUAAUGAUGGCCUCUACUGUGCUCUGCUUAGCAAACACAAUGUGACUAUCGUUACCAAGACUCUUGAGCAAGUUAGCACUUUGCAUGAAACUAUUCGUAUCAAGAGUGCCACCUGGGACGAUGCCGGUGUUUUGAUCUACUCUACCCUCAACCACGUCAAGUACUCUCUUCUCAACGGUGACAACGGAAUCAUUCGCACACUUGAUCAGACAGUUUACCUUGUCCGUGUCAAGGGACGCAGUGUGUACUGUCUGGAUCGCAAUGCCCAGCCUCAGAUCCUGGAUAUCGAUCCGACUGAGUACCGAUUCAAGCUUUCUCUUGUCAAGCGCAACUACGACGAAAUGCUUCAGAUUAUCAAGAACUCAAGUUUGGUUGGUCAGAGCAUUAUCUCAUAUCUGCAAAAGAAGGGCUACCCAGAGAUUGCUCUGCAAUUCGUGCAAGACCCUCAGACUCGCUUUGAUCUGGCUCUUGAGUGCGGAAACUUGGACGUCGCUAUCGAGAUGGCUCGAGAGCUUGACCGCCCCAACUUCUGGACCCGACUGGGAGAAGAGGCUUUAGCCCAUGGUAAUCACCAGACUGUUGAGAUGACUUAUCAAAAGCAGCGGAACUUUGACAAGCUGUCAUUCUUGUACCUUUCCACUGGUGACCAGGAGAAACUUGCUCGCAUGGCUAAGAUUGCAGAGCACCGUGGAGAUUUCGUCUCCCGUUUCCAAAAUGCCAUCUACCGCGGCGAUGUUGAAGAUCGUAUCCAGAUGUUCAAGGAGGUUGACUUGUAUCCUCUGGCCUAUCUCACGGCCAAGUCACAUGGCUUGACUGAGGAAGCUGAGUCUAUCCUCGAGGCCUGCGGACUCACAGAGGACCAGAUCGUCCUGCCUUCCAUCGAAGAGCCCUUGAACGUUCCCAAUCCUAUUGUUUCGACCUUCAACGCUAACUGGCCUUUCAAGGCUGCCGGCCACUCUUCGUUUGAGAAAGCUUUGCUCGGUGAGGUCGGCGGCGCUGACGAAGAGAACGGCGCUGACAGCUUCGAGCUGGCGGAGGAGGAGCAAGGCCAUGGUCUUGCCCAAGAAGCCCUUGAGGAUGAGGAAGAAGACGCCUCUGGAUGGGAUAUGGGUGAUGAUAUUAACGUUGAAGAGGACGUUGAAUUUGUCAACGUUGAAAGCGCCGAGGCAGGUGCGGGCAGCUCGGAGGCUGAUAUGUGGGCUCGCAACUCUCCCUUGGCAGCUGACCACGUCGCUGCCGGUUCCUUUGACACUGCCAUGCAGCUCUUGAACCGCCAAGUUGGUGCAGUUCAGUUCGCCCCCCUCAAGAGCCGAUUCCUUGAAAUCUUCAAGGCUUCCAAGACGUAUCUCCCCGCCACCCCUGGCCUGCCCCCGCUGGUCAACUAUGUGCGGAGAACUACCGAGGAGACAGAUGGCCGCAAGGUUCUCCCCAUCAUCCCACGUGAUCUGGAGACUAUCGCCAGUGUCGACCUGCAAGAGGGUUACGGCACCAUGCGUGCCAACAAACUAGAGGAGGGUGUGAGAAUCUUCAGAAACAUCAUCCACACACUCUUGGUCAACACUGUUUCUUCAGAGGCGGAGGUCGAGCAAGCGAAGAAGAUCAUUCAGACUGCACGGGAAUACAUCCUUGCCAUGUCCAUCGAGCUCCAGCGCCGCUCUCUCACAUCGGAUCCAGAAAAUCUCAAGCGCAGUCUCGAGCUAUCUGCCUACUUUACCAUUCCUAAGCUGGAGGUGGCUCACCGCCAGCUGGCACUGAUGGCUGCCAUGAAGUUCUCCUUUGCCAACAGGAACUACAACUCUGCCCUAGGCUUCGCCAAUCGAAUGUUGGCUAACGGCGGCUCCCCCAAGCUUCUUGAUCAGGCCCGCAAGAUCAAGGCUCAAUGCGAGCGUAACCCCUCAGACGCGAUUGACAUUGAGUUUGACCAGUUUGCCGAGUUCGACAUCUGCGCUGCCUCAUUUACUCCCAUCUUCAGCGGUUCACCUUGUGUGACCGAUCCCUUCACUGGCGCCAAGUACCACGAGCAGUACAAGGGUACAGUUUGCCGGAUAUCCGAAGUGACUGAGAUCGGUGCCCCUGCCAGCGGUCUGCGUCUGUUCGUCCCUAAUCAAUACUAA